AUGGACAACCACACCACAGUGAGCACAUUCCUCCUGUGGGGAUUUUCCAGUUUCCCAGGACUAGAGAACCUGCUCUUUGUGGUAAUUUUCUCUUCUCAAGUGACAAUCCUACUCGCAAAUAUGUCCAUCAUGGUGGCCAUCAAGUUCAAUCACAACCUUCACACCCCAAUGUAUCUUUUCCUCUUUGGCCUGUCUUUCUCUGAAACCUGCACCACUAUGGUAAUCAUCCCCCACAUGUUAGUGGAUUUGCUUUCAGAAAGCAGGACCAUUUCUCUUCCUGAGUGUGCCACGCAGAUGUUUUUCUUCUUUGGUUUAGGAGGAAAUAACUGCUUCAUUUUAGCUGCCAUGUCCUAUGACCGUUACAUUGCUAUCCACAACCCACUGCGUUAUCCCAUGCUGAUGACCAAAAAGAUCUGCUGUCAGUUUAUAAUGGCUUCCUGUAUAGUUGGAUUCCUAGUUUCACUGUCCUUUGUCAUCAUUAUAUUCAACAUCUCUUUUUGUGAAUCUUAUACCAUCCAGCAUUUCUUCUGUGACAUCUUGCCUGUGGCUAGCCUUGCUUGUGAUUAUACUCUGUAUCAUGAAAUGGCUAUUUUUAUGCUCAGUGCCUUUGUGUUAGUGGGCAGUUUUGUUUUAAUUGUGAUUUCAUAUGUUUUCAUUUUAUCUGUAGUUAUGAAGAUGCCUUCUGCAAAGGGAAGGUACAAGGCUUUCUCCACCUGCUCCUCCCACCUCACUGUGGUGUGUAUACACUACGGAUUCGCUUGUUAUAUCUAUUUGUGAUCCAAGAGCAGUGACUCCUUCAGUGAAGACAUGCUGAUGUCUGUGACAUACACAGUGCUGACCCCUCUGCUUAACCCCAUUGUUUACAGCCUAAGAAACAAAGAGAUGCAAGUGGCCUUAGGGAAAGUACUAAAGAGAUGCAAGUGGCCAGCUGUCAGUUUAUUUCUAGUUGGUAAAUAA